AUUACAACUCCGAAUUCGCUCGAGCUGGUCGCUGUCAAUCACGACGAAAUAUAGGUUCGGAAGCAAACGAUGAUGAUUCCUGUGUUGUCAUUCGCGAUUCUUCUCGUCAGUGGAGUGCGCGAAAUCGGAGCUUCAGCAAUAAGCCCUAUCGAUGGAAUCCCCGAUUCCCAUUCUGAACCCGCCGGCUUGCGGACACUGCUCGAUGGGACGGAUAAACUUCACGGGAAAUCGGAGCCUCGAGCUCGAUCGGAGACCCUACCGCUCAUCCGGAUCGUCUAUGUCGGGGACGACGACUUGGAGAUCGAUCCGUCUAGUUUGCGGUUCAUUGUACGCUACGGAAACUCGGUCGUACCUGCGGCUAAGAUCCAGGAAAAAUGGGAGGAUAUACAGGCAGAGGUGGAAAAGGUGGCUCAGGAGAACGGUAUCGAGAUCGAUGUUGGAAUCGAGCACCGGAACGUCGGCGACGACGACAACGAAACGGAUGCUGAUGCGCAGCAUGAGGAGACAGGUGUCGCAACCUGGCAGUACAUCGCAAUGGGGGUCGCAGUCGCCGUAGUCGUUUCAAUCGCGGUAGCAUCGAUCGCAGCUGUCCUUCGAAAACGGAGUCAGACUCUCAGACACGCGGAGGAUUCGAUGAGGGUCACUUCCCCGUGAGGAGGCAUCGAGAGGACCCGCAUAGAAAAGAGCGCGACCUCAGGCACCUGUGUUGCCGUGGUUUUGUCUUCACUUCUCGCAUGCAAGCAUAAUUUCAUAGUAGAAUUACAUAUCGGAGACCUCGGAGUGACUUCCGGUUUUCAAGCUCGAGGAACAUCGAAGAACUCAGGAAGGCAAACAGCUCUAGGAGAUUUUCGCGGGGCUCAAAGCGGAGAAGUUGAUCGAUGGACGCGCAGGAGCCCGAUUCCUCGACACGAUACUUCACAUCGCAUUCCCGAUAUAUGCCUCAUCUAUCUCCAGUAUUCGAUGGUCCUCCGAAAAUUCGAUUGUCGUGAAAAGACCAGAACUAGCGCGA